UCAAUAGUGAAAAGUAGCAGUAGUGUCGUUGUCAUUGCUACACCUUUCCCAUUCAGCCCCAGAACGACCGUCAGAAUCCGUGGUGUUCCUGCGCCCGGCUGUCCAACGCUCCCGGCUGGCGAGGGCGGCGGGGAGCUGCUCUUCGCCGGCGAGAUCUGCAGCGGCGACGAAGGGCGGCGGAGGCUGCCCUUGCGGAGGGAAGGAGGCCCUGCGGACGCCCGUGGAGCAGCCGUAGCGCGUCCAGCCGGCAGCAGCAGCAUCACCUUCUCCGUUUACUCGGCGACAUCUCCCGGUCAGUUGCCUGUCAGAGGUCACGCAGUGAAGGUGGUAGUGCCCCUCUUCCCGCCUGUGUCCGAGAGCCCUUGAAACUCGCAUUGAGAUUUGGAACUUAUUUUACAAGCCGAACAGUAAUUAAGUUUGAGUGUGAUUCUACAGUUUGGAUUUCGAGUGAAAUAUUACUUAUUUUGUGAAUAUCCAAGUCGCACGUGAGUGUCGUUUUCAUUGUUCCCAAAAUGUGCUCGUAAGGAACGUAAGUGACAGGUCCGACGAAGUUCAGGAGCUGGGUCGCUUUUCCAAGGGCUAGACACACUGCCAUAGGACCCUGCGCCCCUCGGGAGAGCCAUGAGCUCCCUGUAACCGGUUGGUUGCUGAAAGCGUUUAUGAAGAGCAGGAAUAGGACUCCAAGAUGACUUCGAAUUUCCCGCCCAAGAGUUCCGCUUCUCUACUGGUCGCUGUCGUAGUGGUCGUCGCGCUGAGCCGCUGCAGCUGUGCCUCCAAGGUGGUCCUCCGAGACAGCGGUUACGAGGGCGUGGUGGUGGCGCUCGAGGACGACCUCCCGCCAGCACUCUGCGAGGACCUUAUCGCCGGACUCGAGGUGACGCAGCUGUGCGACGAGGGCAGCCACGCCCGCGAGGCGCCCACGCGCCACAACCUCCUGUGCGGCGGCCGCUCCGUGUGGGAGGUGCUGAGGGCGAGUCCGGACUUCCAGAACAAUCGGAACGCCGAAGAAGCGCCGACGGAAAGUGACGUCGCCUUCCGCUACGUGCGCGCGCAGCCGCCCAGGAUCGUCCUGCUCAUCGACGACACUGACGUCAUGAACGUGCAGAAACGGUGGGAGUUCGUCCGCAAGGCCGUCCGCAAGGUGGUCACCUACGACGUCCCCGACGGCCACAGCGUCGGCCUCGUCGUGUUCGACUCCGCAGCGGCCACCAAGUACCCUCUGACGCGGCUGACGGACGGCGCCACGCGGGAGAAGGUAGGGUCGUCCCUCCCGCGGAACCCCUCUCGGGAGCCCCACCACAAGCGCUGCCUCCUGUGCGGCCUGCGGGAGGCCCUGCGGAUGCUGCGGCAGGACAGCACAGGCAGUGGUGCAGGCCAUGUAGUGCUGCUGACUGCUGGGGGAGGCGAACCCCUGGACGCGACCCGGACCAAUGAGGCGUCUCACGCCCUGACGGCGGCCGGCGUCGUGCUGCACGCCAUCGUGUACCCGCUGACCGAGAAGUACCCGACGCCGGGCGCCGGCCUCGAGACCGUGGCGGCGCUCAGCGGCGGCCGCACCUACAUCGUGCCCGACCAGGGCAUCGGCGCCGACUCCAAGCUCAGCAUGUACUACAACCUGCUGGACUCUCUGUACACGGCGCUGGCCGGCGUGACGGGCCCGUCCGUGCUGCCGGUGAAGGUGCACGCGGCGGAGCACCCCGGGGGGCGCGUGGCCGUGUCCCAGGGCACCUUCGCGCUGGACCCGCACCUGGGCGCCGACACCGUCUUCGCCAUCUUCUACUACCACGUGACCCACGUGGGGAACCUCAUCCACCUGGUCAGCCCGCAGGGGCAGGUCAUCGACACGGCCAACAUGCAGAAGGAGGACGCCAACAUCAACAUGAUCACCGUGAGGCUGGCGGAGGCGCAGGCCACGGCGGGCCAGUGGCACUACAAGGUGGAGAACAGGGCGGACUCGCACCAGGCGCUCUACGUGCAGGUCACCUCGCGCCGC